AUGUUGACGAAUCGGCCCAUCUUCCUCACCACCGCCGCGUUGAUCCUACAGGUAUCUGCAUUGGCUGCAGCGCAGGACUCUUCCGAGAAGAUAUGGGGGGUCUUCUCCUACACGCUCUACGGAGACAGCACCCCCAAGGCACUGGCGUCGCCCGGAGCACGAGUCCUGACCGAGUACGGCGCCAGCGCACUCUACACCGCAGGAUCGGCCUUCCGUGCCCGAUAUGUGGAAUAUGGAAUGUCCAAUGCUGCAGGAACGGGGAUCCAAAACAUCGAACCGAAUAUGUUGGACUCGCUGGAAGUCAACGCCUUCUCUACGCCUGAGCAAUUUGUCCUUGCAUCCGCCCAGGCCUUCAUGCAGGGUCUCUACCCACCGCUUGGUCAAUCGUUGGGUUCGCCAUACUCUGAUCUGACGUCGCAACUGUCCAAUGGGUCUCAGUCCGCGUACCCGCUCAAUGGAUAUCAGUAUCCGCUAAUCGUCACAAUGGAUUCGGAAGAUCCGCACUCUCUGGCACUGGCUGGUCAGGCGAAGUGCCCCAUGCACCAAGCUUCAGACAACGACUAUCUGCAUACCGCUGAGGCAUUCGAACUGACAGAGUGGUUCGCACCGUUUUAUAUGAAUGUGUGGAGAAGGGCCAUGUCUGAGGUAUAUGAUAUAAACUCCGCCUCGUACCCGAAUGCCGUGGAGAUUGGCGAGUACCUCGAGUACGAGGCUGUGCACAACGACACUCUGAUGGAAGCGAUCAAUGUGGGAGAUGUCGCGCUUGCGCGAUGGCUGGCAGACCAAUACAUCUGGGCCACGAACAGCCAAACCUCUUCCUCAUCUGAAUUGCAAUCCAACGUGACGUCCAUCGCUGGUCAGACGCUGGCUUCGAGCAUCUUGCAAGCAUUCGAUACCAACAUCCAAAGCCAGGGCAGCGAGCAGAUGAUGACCAUGCUGUUCGGCGGCGACGAGCCGGCCGUUGCUCUGGCGUCUCUACUGGGACUGGCAACUGAACAACAAGCCAACUUCUUCUCCCGGCCUGUCCGAGGCGGGUCGCUCGUCUUUGAGCUGUACAGCUACGACGACAGCGACGUCCCGUCAUAUCCAAACAGUGAGGGCCUGUUUGUGCGGUUCUUCCUGCACAAUGGCACCAGCAACGACACCGUGUGGAGGUCCUAUCCGCUCUUCGGACACGGCCCGAGCCGGGACUUCAUUCCUUACAACGAGUUCCGCGAGGAAAUUGAGACGUUUGCCGUGGACUCAACCCAGCAGUGGUGUACCCUGUGCAAGUCGGAGUCUAUCUUUUGCAAGGGUGUUCUGGGCGACUCGACGCAGAAGAAACGCAUGGCUCCCGCCGUGGCUGGCGUGAUCGGUGCGGUCAUCACGCUGGUUGCUAUCGGUCUGCUGACGGUGAUCGGCCUGCUUGCGUGUGGUGUGCAUUUCCGCAAGCGCGGAGAGGGCGGCCAGAGGUCGAGUCUGGGAGGCUUCAAGGGUACUAACAAGCUGGCCAGCGAUACGGACGUCACCUUCCGCCACCCUAUAUGGGGCACCUCAAAGACGGCCGAUGAACAUGCGAAUGGUGAAAUGACGGCCGGUGGAUUUAUCGUCCAGGGCCAUGAGCGGCUCGGAAGCUGGGAGAUGGGCCAGCAGAGCAAGGAAAUCGAGAACAUUCACUCGAUGGGUCAGCCACAUCCCCGCUCUGCUUUUGAUGAGGAGAAUGACGAGGAAUGGAGGAUCCAUAGUAGCCUGAAGCCAGUCAAAGUGCGAGAGAGUAUCUGA